GAGACGCCCCGACGGUGAUGAAGCUCGAGAAACACAUGAUGGUGCAGUUCGGGUGGCAGAGGGGGCGGUACACAAACAAGAGCGCGGGCUGCGCGAUCAUGCUGAGACGACGGGUCUUUCGAGAGGCCCACGUUCAUGAAGUACUCGAGCCUCCUCGCGAGCUGGCGGGGCGGGGCGGAGCAGUUCGACUCAAGAGCCCGACCUUCGACAUAAUGGUGGUGGUGGCCUACUACCCGCCGCCGCAGAGGCACCAGAUCGACCACUGGAACACGACUUGCGCCAAGCUCACGGCGUGGCUACAUCGGACGAUACAGCGUGCCCGAGCGCGCUGCAUGAUAGUGGUGGGAGCUGAUACGAAUUCUGAGUUUGGGCGACGCAGUGGGCCCAGCGGCACCCCGACGACGACGCGCGACGACGUGCACGUCGGCCCGUUCGCGAACAGCUACGAGAACGGGGUCAGUGCCGCUCUGUGGCGCAUGAUGAGCAUGGAGGGCUUGGCUGCGAUCGACACCUUUUACGACACGGGGCCAACAUAUUUCGGGGCCGAGGCUCACAUCACCUCGCAUCCCGACCACCUGUGGGGACCGUGCGACGCUGUGCAGGCUCUUAACCUGCGAGGCGCCCCCGAGUUCAUCGCGGAGUUGGAGCGACGGUGCGAGAGUUCGGCGAGCGCAUGGCGAAGUUUUCUUAGAGCAGAGGACCCCUCACUUUCUUGGUUGCACUUGGUGGCGGACGUCACAGAGGCAGUGCGGACAGAAUUCCUGGAGACCAAGACGACGGGGCCGUCUGCUGCAUAUCGAGAAGAGCGUGAUCGACUUUUGGCAACGAGGCGUCAGCUCAGUGUUCACUUUCAGGAAGAAGAUCGACUUCGACUCCGUGCUUGCGAUCGCGAGAUCAAGCGUGCCCGCCGCAGGCUGGACAAAGAGAAUGUCGAGGCGCUGCUGAAGGAGGCGCAAGUGGCCUCAUAUCGAGUCCAUACCAGCACCGUAUGGAAGCUCGCCUUUCAGAUCGGGGCGCGCUAUCACGGGGUGCGGAGACGCCGGUUUAACCUGAUCCCAACUUACGCCCCGACGUUGCAAGAGUGGCAGGACACGCUGGAGUCCGACGCUAAGGAGGGGGGCUUCUCUGCUGUUCGCCUACGCGGACCAGGCAUUCCUCGCAGCGUGGCUUUGGCCUCGAGAGAGAUUGAUGACCCAGAUGGGGAGUGGAAGGAUCUGCGAGGGCGACCUGGAUCGGCCGCCUACGACGACUGGACGAACACGCUGCAGUGUCUUGAGAAGGCGGCCAGGCGCAGGUACUCCCCCCGGCACUCCGCCCCCAGCGAGGUGCGGCUCAUGGCGAUGAGGGCUGCUACUCGAGAAGCGCGAGGCGAACCAGCUGAUGAGGACCCUCUCGAGCGACGGCAGCGAGUUCAGGUCCCUUGUCCACGACUGGCUGAGCGCAUCUUUGAGAUUCUGAGGCAGAUUCGGAAUACGUGUCGCACUCCCUACCAGUGGCACUGGUCCAAAACGUUCCAGUUGAGCAAGGGCAAUGGCAAGAGAGGCACCAAGGCGAUGAGACUCAUACACUGCUACUGCCCGUUUGGCAAGGCUUGGUACAGAGGCAUUUUUGUUCGACAUGAGCGCCCACGACUUCCAUUACGCGCACAUGGAUAUGCAGCGCGCAGGUCGAGGCAGAUCGCGCAGUUGGUUGCUAAACUUCACUCUUGGAGAUUACGAAAGAAGCUCGUCUCCCACUUGCAGAUCAAAAAAGACAUGAGCAACGCGUUCCCUUCGACAGAUCACGACAUGCUGGAGCAGGUGAUUGGGGAAGUGAUUCCCGACAUGCAUGACCAACUCUUCUUGCAGCAGAGGCAUCGUGAGGCGGUCAUCGAGGUUGAGGCAGGCGAUGAGAAAGGCUUCUUCCAACCCUCCCACGGCUCGGGCAUGGGCGACGGCAACGCGUGCGAGCUGUUCGUGCGGUCGUUCGUCAAGCCGCUGGAGGCGUGGAACCAGAUCCUCUUGCAGGGCACCCAGGCCACCUUAGAUACAGCGAACGGCGGCUCCGUGCCGAUGAUGGAGGCGGCGACGCUGAUUGACUCGCCCAUCCACUCUGAACAGAUCGACAUCUCAAUGCGCGACUACGCCGAUGACGUAUCGCAGACCCUGCCGCUGCCGAAUGGCAACCCCGUCCACGCAGCGGAGAGGGCAAAAUUGUCGUCUCGUAUCUUGUCAGAUCAGCUCGAGGAGAUAGGAGGGUUUACUCAGAAUGUGGACAUGGAGAUCAUCCUCCCAGUUUUGGUGGGCCCAGGAGGAUACACGGCCACGAGGGCCGUGCUCUCAGGACUCGUCCAGUUCCCAGGGCAAACUCGGGCUGAAACCGUCUACCUCGGAGGGCUUGAACACCUAACGGGCGGUUCGGGGGCUGAAAUUAAACUACGUGUCGACGCUGCGCGCUCUGCCUGGACCAAGCUCGGGAGGUUCUGGAACCAGCGCUCGUCUUUGAAGCUUAAGAGGAUGGCUUUCUUGGGAAUUAUCCACAGCGCGGCCUACUCGGGCCUCGAGGUCUAUAUCCUAGGCAAGAAGGACUAUGCCAAGCUCGACUCGGUGAUCUUGGGAUUCGCGAAGGUGGCGAUGAGAGGCGUUGCCAAGAGAGUAGGGCCAGAGGGAGAUAGGAUUCGGACACCUUCGGCGAGAGUCAUGCACAAGUGGUUGCGCAUCGCUGACUCGAGGACUGAGCUCUUGAUCAGACGCCUCGGCUACUGGCAGCGCCUUGCGGUGUACCCCGCCGAUUCGGUUCAGGUCGUUGCGGCGCUCUUCGGGCACUUUUCUUCGCUGGGCGAGUCUCCGACGUCCACCCCCGAUGGUUGGAUUCGGUCUGGCGCUAAUCCGUGGGCCCUCCAGCUCCAGCAGGAUAUCAAGCUCCUCUCGGUCAUCCCCCCUGGGCACCAGCUCCUGGCGAGAGGCUAUUCGAUUCGGGACAUCUUCACGAACUACCGUGUUGCGUGCCACUUCAGGAGCGUGAGUCGCAAGGGUUUUCGGAAGGCCUAUUGGGAACAGGAACAUGAAG